GCCCAGCUGUGUGAUCAUGUGCGGCAAAGAGACAUAGGUAAAUUGCAGUUGGUCCUCGACAAAGCAGCACAUAUUGCACUUAGAUGUACACGAGGGGAAAGCUCCAGUAAACCCAUGUCAGUCUCUCCUGGCUCAAAGUUGUGAAGAGAUUAACUGCAUCACUAUUGGUCUUUGUGCGAUGUAUCGAUGUGUUGAAGGUACCGAAGUGUCUGUUCAAGCAGUUGGCCAACAGUUUGGACACUCAUCGGUACAACACAAGACAUGCAACUAGCGGUCUCUUCACAAUCCCCAGGUCCAGAAUAGAGGCUGGGAAACGCACAGUAUUAAAUAGAGCCAUGACUACAUGGGACUCUUUGCCACCCCAGAUAACACAAGGUAGGAUGAGAGACAGACUGGCUGACCUGAAGGGGGUGGCCCCCACUUCUUCAGACAUGGACGAGGGAGAUCAGGGUCGGGGCACUGAUGACGAGAAACAGCUGGAGCACCAGACAGUGGUGUUCGAAGGCGAAGACAUGAUGGACAGCAUCUUCAGAGAGGUCCAGUCAAUCAGGAAGGAGAUCGCUCUGCUCCAGGUGGAUGUGAAGUGCCUGGGCAAGCAGAACACCCGAUUCCUCACCUCUGUCCGGAGGAUCAGCUCCAUCAAACGAGACUCCAAUGCCCUGGCCAAGGGCAUCAAGACCCGGGGGGAGGGCAUCUACACACGGCUGGAGAAGAUCGGCAUGCAGCACAAAGAUCUGGAAGAAGAGCAUGGUGCCCAUUCUGCUCUGGUCCGCAUGGUGCGCUCACAGUAUGUUUCUCUCACCGGGGCCUUCCACGAGGCCAUGUCUGAGUACAACCAAGUAGAGAUGGGCCAGAGGGAGAACUGCAAGACCCGGAUCCAGCGCCAGGCAAAGAUAAUGGGCAAGGAGGUGACCGGAGAUCAGAUUGAGGAGAUGGUCGAGACGGGAAAGUGGAAUGUGUUCUCCGACAACCUCCUGGCGGACGGGCGGACGGCGCGAUCAGCGCUUACGGAGAUCGAGAACCGGCACAAGGAGCUGGUUGAGCUGGAGAGUCGGAUCAAGGACAUCCAUGAGCUGUUCUUCCAGAUGGCUCUGCUGGUGGAGGAACAGGGGGCCAUGGUGGACAACAUAGAGGCCAACGUAGUCGCAACAACAGACUUUGUGGGCAAGGCCCAGGCUCAGAUCAAGCUGGCGGUGAAGUACAAGAAGGACAACCCCUGUAGGAAGUUGUUCUUUUGCUGUUUCCCAUGCUGCAACAAGUGAGGCAGACAAACUGAUAUUAGUGUUAUAUUGUUUUAUUUCAAGUCAAGAUCCUCUCAAAAGUGUUUUCAUGGCCAUGACAAUGUAUUUAAAGAAGUAGAAUUAAUCCAUCUGCAGUUGUUUACACAAGUAUGUACUUGAUCCUGAAUAUUUUCAGAUGUACAGUAUGGGUGUUCCAAUGUACACUGAGUGUACAAAAUAUUAAGAACAACUUCUUAAUAUUGAGUUGAACCUACUACCAUUCCCAACUGAAUGGCACACAUACACAAUCCAUCUUUCCAGGUUUAAACAUCCUUCUAUAACCUGCCCCCCCCCCUUCAUCUACACUGAUUGAAGUGGAUUUAACAGGUGACAUCAAUAAGGGAUCAUAGCUUUCAACUGAUUAACCUAGUCAGUCUGUCAUAGAAAGAGCAGGUGUUCCUAAUGUUUUGUACACUCAGUGGUAUGUUUGUUUACAAUUAUUUAUGCAGUUUGAAUGAGAAUGUGCCAUUUUGUAUGUCAUGCAGCCAUUUCUGCCUCUUACUGUAGAAGAUACAUUUUAUAUUAACACCCUUGCCUAGCUGGUGUUAGGAGAGAAGACCAAGCAUCUUAAUAUCGAACCGCAGAAGCUAACAUGCAAGUGUGAUAUGGGGUGUUCCAUUUCUUUAAUGUAAAAAGAAACCACUUCUUCGAUGCUCCAGGCUGGUAGUUAAAGGAAUACUUGAUUAGUCAAUCAAGAAUGUUUACUUGAGUGCAGUUCAAAUGCUUUCUUCUCCCACUUGUCCUAUAACGUUCUUCUGUAUUGAAUGUUUGAUUUUACUUAUUUUUUUCAUGACUUGUGUUUAUUGACAGGAUAUUGUGAUUUUUAUGAAUAUAAACGCUGUAGAAUGGC